AUUAGGGGAGCGGGAGCCGCGCCGCCCGGCCUCACAGUUAUGGGCCGCAACAAGAAGAAGAAGAAGCGAGAUGGCGACAGCCGGCGGCCGCGGCUGGUUCUCAGUUUCGACGAGGAGAAGCGGCGGGAGUACCUGACAGGCUUCCACAAGCGGAAGGUGGAGCGGAAGAAGGCAGCGAUAGAGGAGAUCAAGCAGAGGCUCAAGAAGGAGCAGAAGAAGCUCCGGGAAGAGCGCCACCAGGAGUACUUGAAGAUGCUGACAGAGAGAGAGGAGGCGCUGGAGGAGGCAGACGAACUGGACCGGUUGGUGACAGCAAAGACAGAGUCAGUGCAGUAUGAUCACCCCAAUCACACCGUCACUGUGACUACCAUCAGUGACCUAGACCUCUCAGGGGCCCGGCUGCUUGGAUUGCCCCUGCCUGAGCAAGGGGCCGGGCCCAGGUCUGAGGAGGAGGCGUCAUCCAUGGAGAAGCCGACCAAAGCCUUCCCCAGGAAGUCCAAAGAACCCCUGCUAUCUCAGCGGAUUUCCUCUCUCACGGCAUCGCUGCAUGCACACAGUCGCAAAAAAGUCAAGAAGAAACAUCCUCAGCGAGCCCAGGACUCCACCAAGAAGCCCCCCAGUGCCACUCGUACCAGCAAGACCCAGCGCCGCCGGCUGACCGGCAAAGCCCAGCACAGCGGAGAGUGAGCCUGAGACCAAGCCAGGCCCCAGCCUGGGCCUCAAGGAUCUGUCCUCAUAACCCAGGCUGCACUGCUGUCUGGGCUUUUACCCAGAGGUAGCAGGCAGUGGAGAACUGGCCUCCUUCAGGAGGGACCUUCCGAGCCUCCUCUGGCACGUCUUCCCAAAUGUGUACCUCACUGGGCCUGCAUCAGAUUUUUGGAACCAAGUGCACUGUGGUUUGUUUGUCCCCGAUGCCAUCCACCAAG